AUGGACGAAACCAAUAUGAUCCGAAGAGCGGCAGGCAAGAUACCGCAUGUCUGUGUUGUCGGUGCGGGUGUUGCUGGGCUGAGAUGUGCGGAUCUGCUGUUGAAGCACGGGGUCAAGGUUACAGUCCUGGAAGGGAGAAAUAGGGUUGGUGGAAGAUUAUGUCAAAGCGAUGCGCUAGGUCAUUUAGUUGACCUCGGCCCGAACUGGAUACACGGCACUGAUGACAACCCUAUCCUAGACCUUGCGAAAGAGACCAAGACUAUCAGCAUGAACUGGGAUGGUCGCCAAUCAGUUUUUGACAGCCAGGGAAACCACAUGUCUGACAAAGACGCAGCGAAGAACACUGAGCAUGUUUGGACUAUCAUCGAGCAAGCAAUGAAGCUUUCGAAUGAGAAUUCGGCCACGAUAUCCUCGGACAAGAGUUUGUAUAACUACUUUGAAGAGCGGGUUGUAGAAAUGUUCCCUAAUCAGGAUGCUGAAUCGAAGAGGCAACAGCGAAUCAUCCUUCAGAUGGCAGAAAUGUGGGGUGCUUUCGUUGGCUCGCCCAUCCAAAGGCAAAGUCUGAAAUUUUUCUGGCUGGAGGAGUGUAUCGAUGGCGAGAAUCUCUUUGUCGCAUCUACGUACGACAAGGUGCUGAAGAAGAUUGCUGAGCCUGCGCUGGAACAUGCGACGAUGCUGUUUGAACAUAAAGUAAAGCGGAUCGUAUCGGGAGAGGACACUGCAGAUGCGGGUGUUACCGUUGAACUUGAAGGCCGGCAAAGUAUGAUGUUCGACGAAGUGAUUAUGACGGCUCCACUAGGCUGGCUAAAGCGCAAUCUCGAUGCUUUCGUCCCAGCAUUGCCGAGUCGAUUGACAGAAGCUGUUGGAAGUCUCGGAUACGGGCAUCUUGACAAAGUAUACAUCACCUUCCCAAGCGCCUUCUGGAACGAAGGAACAGCCAGCGAUGCAGAACUACCCUCUGCAUCUCGCGACCUAAGCAAACCAAAUGUCACAGCAAUAACAGCGCCCGUGCAUCAAGCAACUGACUCACCAGUCAAUCCAGCACAUUAUCCAGGCUUCACACACUGGACACAUCCAACAUAUGCAUCUGAAACGAACCCAAAAGCCUGGGAUCAAGAAGCUGUGAACCUCGCCGCCCUUCCCAGAGGAACGGCGCACCCAACCCUCCUCUUUUACACCUUUGGACCAACAAGCUUACAUAUCGCCAAACUCCUAGCAAAUAACCCACCAGAAAAGCAUGACAGCCUUCUAACAUCUUUCUUUCUUCCCUACUACUCCAAACUUCCCAACUACAAGCCGAACCACAGCGACUGCGCACCACAAGCCGUCCUGGCAACAGCAUGGGCAAACGACGAACUCGCUGGCUACGGUUCAUACUGCAAUUUCCAAAUUGGGCUCGAAAAGGGUGAUGAGGAUGUGGAGACAUUACGAAAGGGCAUGCCUGAACGAGGUGUUUGGUUGGCUGGAGAGCAUUGCGCGCCGUUUGUUGCGUUAGGGACCGUCACGGGGGCGUACUGGAGCGGGGAGGGCGUCGCGAAAAGGGUGCUGAAAGCGUAUGAGCUCGGUGAGAAAGAGCAGAAUGGGUCCUCGUGA